UAUAGUUUUGACAUUGACAUGUCAUAAAUUUUCUUAUUGCAUGCUGUCGUUCUGCUGAUUUAUUUAUUCUAUUAAAUUUUCGAUGUUUUUUGUGAAUUAAAUUAAAAUAAAAUGAAUAAAGAAAUUUCAAUCAAAGAAGUAAAAAAACAUAAGAGCAGAAAGAGCACUUGGGUAAUACUUCACAAUGAAGUGUACGAUGUAACAUCGUUUUUGUCUGAGCAUCCUGGAGGUGAGGAUUCUUUACUUGAUGUGGCUGGCAAAGAUGGUACUCUUGCAUUUGAAGAUGUGGGUCACAGUGCUGAUGCCAGGCAAAUGAUGAAAAAGUAUAAAAUAGGACAACUGCCUAUAGCAGAGCAUUCUAAGCCUGUUGCCCCCUGUUGUACAGUAAAAAGUAAAAAACCAAAGAGAUCUAGUUGUCCUGACUGCACUGAGGACAGUUGUCCGUCAGGGAAAUUACCCAAGUCAUCAAAAAAUGAUAAGUCUUGGCGAACAUACGAUGGAGGUCCAUCUUCAAGCCGGCCAGGUUCGCCCAAGUCAUCAUUUAAAGAGAUAAAAGAGCCCAGGGCAUCUGGUAGAAUAAAGAGCAUAAUUGUGCCACGCGAAAGAAAUCCCCGUCCACGGUCUCCUUACGACCGCCAAGACCUCGUGGCCAACCUUGUGGAGGUUCCAAUUUGAAGUGGGCGUUGCUCGCUCUAGCCGCAGCCAUCGUGAUAGCUAUAGUUAUAAAGAAGAACAUGGGAUAAUCUCAACAAACCUGGAGCGUACGGGUCCAAUCGCAAAACUGGUUUCAACCAGUUACAGAUAACGUAGAUCAGUCGAUAUUAGCAAAGUAUUUUAACCGUGUGAUAGUAAUAUUAGGCGGUACAUUAUGUGGCAUUCCUCUUUAUGUAAUUCAAAAAUUGACUUAUGAUUUUAAUACAUGCUUUAUUUAUGUCAAAAUGAAUGUUGCCUACAUUCAUCGGUUCUUACUGGUUUUCAAAACAUCAUCGUUUAAAUAUUUUGUAAAUUUUUGGCCAGCAAUGGUUCUCAUAUUGGAAUUUAUGUCCUUAUUUUCAACAUUUUUAAAUUUUUGUAGGCCAACUAUCUAUUGAAUACAGUACAGUAAAGCUUUAGCAAUAGAAAAGUACAAAUUUUGAUUUUUAAACAAAGUAUACUCAAGUAGUUGUCGGUGCUAUUAUUUUCGCUAUUUUGUGUAUCGCGCGAUUCAGACGAUAUUUUUAUAGAUGUUAUUACAUCAUUAACGUGACUUAUUUAAGUAUAUUUUGUCCGUGUCGUGACAAUAAAAUAUAAUGUAUAAA